AUGAUGCUGACAGCAGAAAAAGAGCAAAAGAAGCGUCUAAAGUACACCGUCAUCGGCGUCACCGUGAUGAUUCUUCUAAUCACUGGAUACUCUCUACACAAGCCGCUUCCCGAAGGAUUCACCGUCACCAAGUGGGAUCGCGCUGUGAUGCACGUCGUCGAGCCGGCGCUUCGAGUCGCCUACUACUAUCCGAGCCGAAUGUUCUCAAAAGCCAGCAACAUGGUCUACUGGACACGUGGCGCUUUGAAUAUCUUGUCAAAAACCCUGGGGCUCCUCGUUGACACACAAGGACAAAUCGAUAUUAAAUGGCAUGAAUGGAACGGAACACCAGUCAAAGUCUACCGCCCGAUCGAUAAUCGAACAUCCACUGACGGAGCUGUCAUCUUCAUUCAUGGAGGUGGUUUCGCUUUGGGUAACGUUGAGAUGUACGAUUCGUUGGUGGAGCGAAUGGCCCACGAAAUGAAGACACUGUUCAUAUCUAUCGAAUAUCGUCUCUCACCGGAAACCAUUUUCCCCGGUGGAAUUUUGGAUUGCGAAGCUGCCAUCGAUUAUUUCUUCGACAACGCAUCCAGCCAAUUCGGUGUCAACACUUCGAAAAUCGUCAUCAUGGGAGAUUCGGCCGGUGGAAACUUGGCUACGGUUAUCGCUCAACGACGCGCGGCUCAUAAUGCUUCUCCAGCACUCGCUGGUCAAGUUUUGAUCUACCCACUUCUCCAAAUGGCUGACAUGCAGACGAUCUCCUAUCGAUACUUUCAUUCCCGACUCUCUGGAUACGCUCUAGUGGAUCCAGAGUCUGUAGCUUACUACUAUAUGUUCUACGCUGGAAUCGAUAUGGACGAGAAGGCGUAUCUCAUUCCGAGUGUGAUUUCAAAUGGACACGUGGCAAAGGAUUUGAAGCCAGAAGUUGAAGAGAUGAUGUCUCAUCGAAUCGUCAUUGAAUCAACACGCAACUACCGAAACCACAGUAUCUCUGAACGAUGGGAAAUCGAAAGAAACUUCGAAGCACAAGACCUGAUGAGACCCUUCCUCACGAAUCCAGAUUUCUCCCCACUGAUGAGAAAGGAUUUGUCUAACCUGCCGCCGACGAUGGUGCUCACUUGCGAAUUUGAUAUAUUGAACAAUGGACACUCCACAGGACAGUCGUGCAGGGGAAGACCUAUCGAUUUUUUCUCGCAAUAUUUAGUGAAUUUCGCAAGAAUUUCUGACCUAGUAAAAUCUAGGCCAGGACCCAGGACCCAGGACCCAGGACCCAGGACCCAGGACCCAGGACCCAGGACCCAGGACCCAGGACCCAGGACCCAGGACCCAGGACCCAGGACCCAGGACCCAGGACCCAGGACCCAGGACCCAGGGAUCCCUUCUCCGUGCUCCCCUCUCUGGGUCUGGAAUCCAGACAAAAAAUAA